GGUUUCUGUACUCAUCGACGGGCGAGUUCUUCCAACGAAAUCACUUCACUUCAAGGACGAGAAGCAGGCACAUGAAUCAUAGCUAGGCGGCAACAAGCGAUCGUCUUUCGUCCCCUGAAGAUUAUGCAGCUUCGUUGAAUUUCGCGAGAUGUCCAAGAUAUUCUCGAGAAUUGUUGGGUUCUUCGGUAACCGGACCCAGGUGGGCAUAGACAAAGCGGGGAAUCGCUACUUCACCAGAAAGGAAGAGAUUGACGGAAUCAGUGAUGAAGGAGAAGAGAUGGGUGAUUUUCAAAGGGGAACAAGAUCCUACCUCUAUUCCGGUUGAAUGGAUUUGUUGGCUAAAUGGUCAGCGGAAAAGAGCUCCAACACUGGAGGAAAUGGCAGAGCUUGAAGCAAGGCGAGAAUUAGUUAAACAAAAUAUUGCACGCUUGAAGGAGGAAGAGCAAAGGAGAUUGAAAGAAGGUGGAGUCCGCAAAGGAAUUACCACUGGUAAAGUUGGUGGUCCGGACUUGCAAAGUUUCAUUCGGCAGUUUCCAGGUUCUUCAGAAGAGGGUGGCAAAGCCAAGGAAGCAUCAGAAGAGGAGGAGAAGAGGACACCUGAAGAAACCAGAAGACAAGAAGAAGAAGAAGAAAUUUCCGAGUCUUCAGAGCCUACUGGUUCGGGCCCGACUUUCAGGCCCGGGACAUGGCAACCGCCGACCUGACCCGCCGACUCGCUCCUCGAUUUGUUUCUUUCUCGCUGAUAAGAGUAAACAUUGUUUUAUCUGAUCCUCAAAGAAGGAACCGUGCUUCCUUCUCGGCAUCCCGUGAUUAUUGGACUCUCUGUAUUGACGUCCUCUAAUGGAUGAGAUUUUUGCCUUUUUCCUGUACUAGUUUCAUCUGCAAGAAAUAGCUAGAAAAAAAACUACAGAAAGUAGAGGCUGUUGUGAUCCCACAGCACACGAUAUUGAACUGUAUUUGUAUUCAUAACAUCACAUUUAGUCGGGGUUCUUUUACAGGUCGAAGUCCAUUUUCCUUA